AUGUCACUCAAGCGUAUACUGAUCACAGGAGCAACGGGAAAACAGGGUGGUGCCCUCCUGUCGGCUUUGCUGGACUCUCCGCCAAAUCCACCCUUUCACCUCGUUGCGCUUACUCGCAACGCGAAGAGCGCAAAAGCCCAGGCACUCGCUCAGAAGCCCAACGUCAGCGUUCUUCAAGGCGAUUUGGAUGAUUGCAACCCGAUCUUUCGAUCUUGCAAAGAUCCCUUCUAUGGCGUCUUCAGUGUCCAGGUACCCAUUCGGCCAACGAUAGAGGAACAGCAAGGGAAAGCUCUUAUCGACACUGCUGCAGCACAUGGUGUCCGUCACUUCGUGUAUACUUCCGUUGAUCGAGGCGGGCCUGAACGAUCGGAUUGCGACCCGACAGCAGUCAAGCACUUUGCCUCCAAAUUCAAUAUUGAGAACCACCUGAAGGCAGUAUGCCAGCGCUCCGAAAAUCAGAUGGAAUGGACCAUAAUUCGACCAGUUGCCUUCAUGGACAAUUUGACCCCUGAUUUCCUUGGUCGAGCGUUCACGGCUAUGUGGAGGUUGAAUGAACCAAGCACCAAGUUACAACUUGUGUCUUCCAAGGAUAUUGGAGUUCUCGCCGCAGACAUUUUCAAGCAUCCAGAUUUGUACACCGGAAAAAGCCUUAGCUUGGCCACAGAUGAGCUAACUCUGCGGCAAGCCAAUGAUAUUUUCAAACGAGAGGUCGGGAUAGAUAUGCCUGUGGCAUACCCCUUUGUCGGUCGCCUGAUCAAGUUCGUCCUCCACGAACAGCUAGGUGUCAUGUUCAAUUGGUUCAAGGAGGAGGGCUUUGGUGGAGACCCAAACGAGUUCAAAAACAAGUUUCCGGAGAUGCAGGACUUCCAAAAAUGGUUGAAACAGUCGAGUGGGUUCAGAGACAAGGUGCGAACCUGA